AUGAAUCGUCGCACAUUUGAGGGUCCCAUGGAGUGGGAAUACCAGAACCAAGGCCCUGUCGAUAUCUCCAGUCCCUUCGCUCAGAUCUCUCAGAAAUCACAGAUGGCUUCCUUCGAGUCUCCGUCAAAAUUCGGCGCCAGACAAGGUCCAAAUCCCUUCGCCGCGGCUUCAACAACCAAUCAGUCUCCCCUCAAAAGCCAGCAACCACAACCUCCUCACUCGUCUUUUUUCACCCCUCAGAUCCAGAGACAGUAUACUGGUCCGUCGUUCCGGAAUCCGGCCUUCACGACGCCCCAGAGACAUGUGGAAGACCCCGUGUUUAGUGAGAUGUCGGGCAUCGAGGAUAGCCCGGCCAUGACAGACACAUCCGAGGUACCCGCGGAUACACCUGACGUCGAUAGAUCAGAAGACUUUGCGAAGAUGACCAUCACACCAGCGACAGCAAACAGGACAUUGUUUGGACGCAAGACCCCAGGCAAGGGUGAGGUACCCCGUGGGAAGCUAGAUCUCCACCAGCGGGACAAGGUCCGCAAGAGAAAGCGCCAAGUUGGUGACAAGGAUGUCGGAAGCGUUAGAUCGAGGCUACCUCAUGACUCGGUGGAUUCUGAGAGUGAUUGGGAUGGUCAUGAGGCGAGGUCGCGAAGCCCUCACAAGGGGCGCAAGGAGAAGGAGGCGCCUCGCCCUGGCUGGUUCCGCAAUUUCCUCGGCGCCAUGAACGACAACCCCGCUGUCCCGCUGAUUCUGUCUCGGUGGGUGCAACUGUCGGUCAACGUCUUUAUCAUUGGGGUUUUCAUGUGGUUGGUCUGGGGUUUUAUCGCCAUGAUGAGGGCCGAUCUGAACGCGGCAACGGAAGCUGAACGGGCCAAGCUAUUGGCAGAGAUGGAGGCGUGCGCGCACGAGUACACGAAGAACCGAUGUGCGCCAAAGUCUGAGCGCCUGCCCGCUCUAGCGAUGGUUUGCGACGAGUGGGAGCUAUGUAUGAACCGGGAUCCGACCAGCGUGAUGAGGGUUCAGGUGUCAGCGAAGAAUGUUGCGCACAUCAUCAAUGAGUUCUGCGGAGCAGUGAGCCUCAAGGCAUGGGGUUUCAUUCUGACCACGAUACUCGUUGCGAUUAUCGCCAACAACAUAGGCUUUGGACGCUAUGCGGCUCCUCCUCCUACAAGCAAACCAGAGUUUCAUCCUCCACAGCAGCCGGACUUCCCAAUGCUCACGUCUCCUCAACGUGAUCCAAACCAGGCCUACAUAUUUGCGCCGAUUGGGCAGACGCCUCGUCACAUCCGACGGGCCUUCUUACCGGCAGAGGGGACUGACACAGAUGCGUCACCGGAUUACAAGGCUAUUCUGCCCCCUCCGCAGACCCCUUCCGGCCGAAGAAGCCCGAGCAAAGGAGACCGUGACAGGAGCCCUACUAAGAGUAGGAGAAGUCCAAGCAAGGGUUACUAG